GGAAGCCAAACUUUUUCCUAUUUAAGGCCAAAGCAAAGGAAUCUCAGUGGCUGAGUUUUAUGACGGGCCCGGUGCUGAAGCGCAGGGAACAACUGAUGGUGCUACUUUGAACUGCUUUUCUUUUCUCCUUUUUGCACAAAGAGUCUCAUGUCUGAUAUUUAGACAUGAUGAGCUUUGUGCAAAAGGGGAGCUGGCUACUUCUUGCUCUGCUUCAUCCCACUGUUAUUUUGGCACAACAGGAAGCUGUCGAAGGAGGAUGUUCCCAUCUUGGCCAGACCUAUGCGGAUAGAGAUGUCUGGAAGCCAGAACCAUGCCAAAUAUGUGUCUGUGACUCAGGAUCCGUUCUCUGCGACGACAUAAUAUGUGACGAUCAAGAAUUAGACUGCCCCAACCCAGAAAUUCCAUUUGGAGAAUGUUGUGCAGUUUGCCCACAGCCUCCAACUGCUCCUACUCGCCCUCCUAAUGGCCAAGGACCUCAAGGCCCCAAGGGAGAUCCAGGCCCUCCUGGUAUUCCUGGGAGAAAUGGUGACCCUGGUAUUCCAGGACAACCAGGUUCCCCUGGUUCUCCUGGCCCCCCUGGAAUCUGUGAAUCAUGCCCUACUGGUCCUCAGAACUAUUCUCCCCAGUAUGAUUCAUAUGAUGUCAAGUCUGGAGUAGCAAUAGGAGGAGUCGGUGCCUAUCCUGGGCCAGCUGGCCCCCCAGGUCCUCCCGGUCCCCCUGGUACAUCUGGUCAUCCUGGUUCCCCUGGAUCUCCAGGAUACCAAGGCCCCCCUGGUGAACCUGGGCAAGCUGGUCCUGCAGGCCCUCCAGGACCUCCUGGUGCUAUGGGUCCAUCUGGUCCUGCUGGAAAAGAUGGAGAGUCAGGUAGACCCGGACGACCUGGAGAGCGAGGAUUGCCUGGACCUCCAGGCAUUAAAGGUCCAGCUGGGAUACCUGGAUUCCCUGGUAUGAAAGGACACAGAGGCUUUGAUGGACGAAAUGGAGAAAAGGGUGAAACAGGUGCUCCUGGCUUAAAGGGUGAAAACGGUCUUCCAGGUGAAAAUGGAGCUCCUGGACCCAUGGGUCCAAGAGGGGCUCCUGGUGAGAGAGGACGGCCAGGGCUUCCUGGAGCCGCAGGUGCUCGGGGCAAUGACGGUGCUCGAGGCAGUGAUGGUCAACCAGGCCCUCCUGGUCCUCCUGGAACUGCCGGAUUCCCUGGAUCUCCUGGUGCUAAGGGUGAAGUUGGGCCUGCAGGGUCUCCUGGUUCAAGUGGCGCCCCUGGACAAAGAGGAGAACCUGGACCUCAGGGACAUGCUGGUGCUCAAGGUCCUCCUGGCCCUCCUGGGAGUAACGGUAGUCCUGGUGGUAAAGGCGAAAUGGGUCCUGCUGGCAUUCCUGGAGCUCCUGGACUGAUUGGAGCCAGGGGUCCUCCAGGACCACCCGGUGCUAAUGGUGCUCCUGGACUGCGAGGUGGUGCAGGUGAGCCUGGUAAGAAUGGUGCCAAAGGAGAGCCAGGACCACGAGGUGAACGCGGUGAGGCUGGUACUCCAGGUAUUCCAGGAGCUAAAGGUGAAGAUGGCAAGGACGGAUCACCUGGAGAACCUGGUGCAAAUGGGCUUCCAGGAGCUGCAGGAGAAAGGGGUGCCCCUGGGUUCCGAGGACCUGCUGGACCAAAUGGUGUUCCAGGGGAAAAGGGUCCCGCUGGAGAGCGUGGUGCUCCAGGACCCGCAGGGCCCAGAGGAGCAGCUGGAGAACCUGGCAGAGAUGGUCUCCCUGGAGGUCCAGGCAUGAGGGGCAUGCCUGGAAGUCCAGGAGGACCAGGCAGUGAUGGGAAACCAGGGCCUCCCGGAAGUCAAGGAGAAAGUGGUCGACCAGGUCCCCCUGGGCCAUCUGGUCCCCGAGGUCAGCCUGGUGUCAUGGGCUUCCCUGGUCCUAAAGGAAAUGAUGGUGCUCCUGGUAAGAAUGGAGAACGAGGUGGCCCUGGAGGACCUGGCCCUCAGGGUCCUGCUGGAAAGAAUGGUGAAACUGGACCUCAGGGACCCCCAGGGCCUACUGGGCCUGGUGGUGACAAAGGAGACACAGGACCCCCAGGUCCACCGGGAUUACAAGGCUUGCCUGGAACAGGUGGUCCUCCAGGAGAAAAUGGAAAACCUGGGGAACCAGGUCCAAAGGGUGAUGCCGGUGCACCUGGAGCUCCAGGAGGCAAGGGUGAUGCUGGUGCCCCUGGCGAACGUGGACCUCCUGGACUGGCAGGGGCCCCAGGACUUAGAGGUGGAGCUGGUCCUCCUGGUCCUGAAGGAGGAAAGGGACCUGCUGGCCCUCCUGGGCCACCUGGUACUGCUGGUAGUCCUGGUCUUCAAGGAAUGCCUGGAGAAAGAGGAGGUCCUGGAAGUCCUGGUCCAAAAGGCGACAAGGGUGAACCAGGUGGUGCAGGUGCUGAUGGUGUCCCAGGGAAAGACGGUCCGAGGGGUCCUACUGGUCCUAUUGGCCCCCCUGGUCCAGCUGGCCAGCCUGGAGAUAAGGGUGAAGGUGGUGCCCCCGGGCUUCCAGGUGUAGCUGGACCUCGUGGUGGCCCUGGUGAGAGAGGUGAACCUGGCCCUCCAGGACCUGCUGGCUUUCCUGGUGCUCCUGGACAAAAUGGUGAACCUGGUGGUAAAGGAGAAAGAGGGGCUCCAGGUGAGAAAGGUGAAGGAGGCCCUCCUGGAGUUGCAGGACCCCCUGGAGGUUCCGGACCUGCUGGUCCUCCUGGUCCCCAAGGUGUCAAAGGUGAACGUGGCAGUCCUGGUGGACCUGGUGCUGCUGGCUUCCCCGGUGCUCGUGGUCUUCCUGGUCCUCCUGGUAAUAAUGGUAACCCAGGACCCCCAGGUCCCGGCGGUUCUCCAGGCAAGGAUGGGCCCCCAGGUCCUGCGGGUAACACUGGUGCUCCUGGCAGCCCCGGAGUGUCUGGACCAAAAGGUGAUGCUGGCCAACCAGGAGAGAAGGGAUCACCUGGUGCCCAGGGCCCCCCAGGAGCUCCAGGCCCACUUGGAAUUGCUGGAAUUACAGGAGCACGGGGUCUUGCAGGACCACCAGGCAUGCCAGGUCCUAGGGGAAGCCCUGGCCCUCAGGGCGUCAAGGGUGAAAGUGGGAAACCAGGUGCUAAUGGUCUCAGUGGAGAACGUGGUCCCCCUGGACCCCAGGGUCUUCCUGGUCUGGCUGGUGCAGCUGGUGAACCUGGAAGAGAUGGAAACCCUGGAUCUGAUGGUCUUCCAGGCCGAGAUGGAUCUCCUGGUGGCAAGGGUGAUCGUGGUGAAAACGGCUCUCCUGGUGCCCCUGGCGCUCCUGGUCAUCCAGGCCCACCCGGUCCUGUCGGUCCAUCUGGAAAGAGUGGUGACAGAGGAGAAACUGGUCCUGCUGGCCCUGCUGGUGCUCCUGGUCCUGCUGGUGCCCGAGGUGCUCCUGGUCCUCAAGGCCCACGUGGUGACAAAGGUGAAACAGGUGAACGUGGCGCUAAUGGCAUCAAAGGACAUCGAGGAUUCCCUGGUAAUCCAGGUGCCCCAGGUUCUCCAGGUCCUGCUGGUCACCAGGGUGCAAUCGGUAGUCCAGGACCUGCAGGCCCCAGAGGACCUGUUGGACCCAGUGGGCCUCCUGGCAAAGAUGGAACCAGUGGACAUCCAGGUCCCAUUGGACCACCAGGACCUCGAGGUAACAGAGGUGAAAGAGGAUCUGAGGGCUCCCCAGGCCACCCAGGGCAACCAGGCCCCCCUGGACCUCCUGGUGCCCCUGGUCCUUGCUGUGGUGCUGGAGCCGCUGCCAUUGCUGGGAUUGGAGGUGAAAAAGCUGGCGGUUUUGCCCCAUAUUAUGGAGAUGAACCAAUGGAUUUCAAAAUCAACACCGAUGAGAUUAUGAAUUCACUCAAGUCUGUUAACGGACAAAUAGAAAGCCUCAUUAGUCCUGAUGGUUCUCGUAAAAACCCUGCUAGAAACUGCAGAGACCUGAAUUUCUGUCAUCCUGAACUCAAGAGUGGAGAAUAUUGGAUUGACCCUAACCAAGGAUGCAAAUUGGAUGCUAUCAAGGUAUUCUGUAAUAUGGAAACUGGGGAAACAUGUAUAAGCGCCAGUCCUUCGAAUGUUCCACAGAAACACUGGUGGACAGAUUCUGGUGCUGAGAAGAAACACAUUUGGUUUGGAGAGUCCAUGGAUGGUGGUUUUCAGUUUAGCUAUGGCAAUCCUGAACUUCCUGAAGAUAUCCUUGAUGUGCAGCUGGCAUUCCUUCGACUUCUCUCCAGCCGAGCCUCCCAGAACAUCACAUAUCACUGCAAAAAUAGCAUUGCAUACAUGGAUCAGGCCAGUGGAAAUGUAAAGAAGGCCCUCAAGUUGAUGGGGUCAAAUGAAGGUGAAUUCAAGGCUGAAGGAAAUAGCAAAUUCACCUAUACAGUUCUGGAGGAUGGUUGCACGAAACACACUGGGGAAUGGAGCAAAACAGUCUUUGAGUAUCGAACACGCAAGGCCGUGAGACUACCUAUUGUAGAUAUUGCACCCUACGACAUUGGUGGUCCUGAUCAAGAAUUUGGUGUGGACGUUGGACCUGUUUGCUUUUUAUAAACCAAACUCUAUCUGAAACCCCAACAACAACAAAAUUCGCUCCAUAUGUGUUCUUCUUGUUCUAAUCUUGUCAACCGGUACAAGUGACCCACAAAAUUCCAGUUAUUUAUUUCCAAAAUGUUUGGAAAGAGUAUAAUUUGACAAUGAAAAAUGAUAGAUUUUUUUUUUUUUUUUUUGCUGUUCCUCCACAUACAAGUCAAAUGCUUUUUGUUUUAUUUUUUUACCAAUUCCAAUUUCAAAAUGUCUCAAUGGUGCUAUAAUAAAUAAACUUCAACACUCUUAACGAUAACAACACUGUGUUAUAUUCUUUGAAUCCUAGCCCAUCUGCAGAGCAAUGACUAUGCUCACCAGUAAAAGAUAACAUUUCUUUCUGAAAUAGUCAAACAUGAAAUUAGAAAAGCCCUUCCUAUUUUAACUACCUCAACUGGUCAGAAACACAGAUUGUAUUCUAUGAGUCCCAGAAGACAAAAAAAAAUUUAUAAGUUGACAAAACUUAUAAAUUUCAUUGAUUAAUCUCCUGGAAGAUUGGUUUAUAAAGAAGAGUAUAGUGCAAGAAAUUAAAGAAAUAUUUUAAAGCCACAAUUAUUUUAAUCUUGGAUAUCAACAGCUUUUAAAGGUGCUUCUCUUUUUUCUUGUCAUUGCUGGUCAAGAUUACUAAUAUUUGGAAGGCUUUAAAGACAAAUGGUGCUAAUGUACUUUCACUUCUAAACUCUAGAUCAGAAUUGUUGACUUGCAUUCAGAACAUAAAUGCACAAAAUCUGUACGUGUCUCCUGUCAGAAAGAUUAAUUGGCAUGCCUUGGGGGAUUCUCCCCCUUCAUCCUGUAAAAGUCAACAAUAAAAACCAAAUUAUGGGGCUGCUUUUGUCACAAUAGUAUAGAGAAUGUGUUGAAAUUUAACUUUGUAAGCUUGUAUGUGGUUGUUGAUCUUUUUUUUUUCUUACAGACACCCAUAAUAAAAUAUCAUAUUAAAAUUC